AUGAUUUUCUUAUUCGUUUCCGGUCAGACGACAACGGGAACUUCGCCGCCACUCGGAACGAGCGUAAGUUCUUUAAGCCCUGGAAGCAGUAGCGCCGGAGUUGCACCCGGAGCGAUUUCUCCUAAUGGAAGCACGGCGGCGGCGGCGGCGGCUCCCGGUCCAGGUUCGACCGCAAGCGGGACGUCAUGCUGCGAAAAUGGCAAACCGACUAUUACGGAUCCCGUAUCGGGACAAACCGUUUGUUCUUGCCAAUACGAUUCGGCAAGAUUGACUUUAUCAUAUCCGAGAUUGCCGACGUCUGGAGUCGGCGUUUACGGUGCCCCGUAUCCAUCGACGGACCAAAAUCCUUAUCCUAGCAUUGGAGUAGACAGUUCUGCGUUUUAUUCACCUUUGUUUGUUUUACUUUUAAUAAUUGUUACUUUUGUUAUUUUUCUUAACAUUAAUUUUUUUUUCUUUUGCGGAAAGUGA